AUGGGCUCCCGACUGCCUCAAAAGCGGAUAGCGAAAUUUUUCGACGAGCUCACCAAACGCGACAAACUCGACAAAUACAAACUCGAAGGCAGUGCCCUCGACCCAACCAAGAUCGCAACAUGGGAAUUGGUUCGGCGUCCACCAGUGCCCACGGACACGGUCAUUCAGGGCAAACCUCGUCAUCCGUACUCGAAAGCGUACCGGGAGUUCCAGAGGCAGGAAGGUGCUAGGUUACGGAAGGCGUUGAAUCGGAUUACGCAUGGAAAGAAUAUUUUUGUGUAUAAUAAUAUACGGACGAAUCAGGUUGUUUAUUCGUUGACGCGGUAUUUGGAGGAAAAAAGCGUUCUAUCGCAACUAGUCUACCACGGCAAAAAAACCAUCCCCGCCAGCCUUCGAAAAGAUAUGUGGGCACCCUACUACUCCGUGCACUUUGACGAUGCCAAAGUCGGCCUCCGAGCAUACCACCUCCUCCGCGAAUUCUCGCUACAACGCCAACUCGCCCCUCCCAAGGAAAUGGUCACCAUGACCGAGAAAUGGCUUGAUCAAAAGAGGCCGCGCGAUUUAUUGGCUGCCAAAAAAUUCGACGAAGAGCAUGAAAAGCAAGUCGGAAAGCUUCUGCCGAAGAAAGAACGGGCUCGGAUCUUGAUGGAUCAAAAGGCCACUAGUGUCGCUGAUAUUGCGGCUGUGCUUGCUAUUCAGGAAGAGGAGAUUAAGAAUGGGUUUGGCGCGGAACAUCGCAAGGAACUUGGUCGUAGGGCAUUGCAGCGUAUACGCAUGACGCGGAAAGCGGAGCGAACCACUGCCUUUGAAGCGGCGCAACGAGUCGAGGAGUUCGAGGGUCAGGUUCAAUCGCAGGUCCCGCUUGAGAUUGAGGACGAGUUUGAUAAGGUGCCUAGCAAUAGUGAAUACGCCGUGAAGCCGGAGCAGGUCAAGAUUCUGUGGAAUGAUAUUCAUGAUGCGCAUUAUGCGAGCUCAUGGCCUGAUCGGGUUCAUCAUGGUCUUUUGGAGAAAACCUCUGACCAUGUCAUGCCUGGUCAGAUGCAGGUUGUGAGUGAGGAGGAUGCGGAGGAUAUCCUUGCUCAUGACGAUUUCGCUGAGGCGGCCGAGGCCCCUUCUGUCUUGAAGCAGUAA